GACCCGGCGAGGAGGAGCGGCGAGGAGGAGAGCCGAGGCGCAGGCGAGGGGAGCAGGACGCCUGCCAUGUAAGCAGCCAGGAAAGGGGGAAGCCAGCAAGAGGGAGCCGAGCCGAGCGCCCCGGGCCGGCCAGCGGGUGGGUAGAGGAGGGGAGCCGAGCGCAGGUCCCCCUCGGCUGCCGCCGCCGCCGCCACUCCCGGCGCACGAAAGACGCUCCAACUUUGGCCGAGUGGGAGAGGGGCGCCCCCUCAUCCACCCCUCCGCCGCCCAGAGUGCAAGUUUGGCGCGGUGAUCCUCCUCCUCCUCCUCCUCCAGGACUCCGGUGCAGCCGGAUGGCGCGUCGGCGGCGCUGAGUGAGCUCGCCCGGGGCUGGCCGUCGGCGCUGGGCUGCGGCUGGGGCCUGGGCUGGGGCCGGGGCGGGGGGUUUCCGAUGCGCCAUGUCGCUGCUGCCCACCUUCGGCUUCACGCAGGAGCAAGUGGCGUGCGUGUGCGAGGUGCUGCAGCAGGGGGGCAACAUCGAGCGGCUGGGCCGCUUCCUGUGGUCGCUGCCGGCCUGCGAGCACCUGCACAAGAACGAGAGCGUGCUGAAGGCCAAGGCCGUGGUGGCCUUCCACCGGGGCAACUUCCGCGAGCUCUACAAGAUCCUGGAGAGCCACCAGUUCUCGGCGCACAACCACCCCAAGCUGCAGCAGCUCUGGCUCAAGGCGCACUACAUCGAGGCCGAGAAGCUGCGCGGGCGACCCCUGGGGGCCGUGGGCAAGUACCGGGUGCGGCGCAAGUUCCCGCUGCCGCGCUCCAUCUGGGACGGCGAGGAGACCAGCUACUGCUUCAAGGAGAAGAGCCGCAGCGUCCUGCGAGAGUGGUACGCCCACAACCCCUACCCGUCCCCCCGCGAGAAGAGGGAGCUGGCCGAGGCCACCGGGCUCACCACCACCCAAGUCAGCAACUGGUUCAAGAACCGGCGCCAGCGCGACCGGGCCGCCGAGGCCAAGGAAAGGUACGAGGAAAACAACGAAAACUCCAGCUCUAAUGGCCACAACCCGCUUUCCUCUUCCCUGAACGGCAACAAGGCGGUUUUGGGCAGCUCAGAAGACGAGAAAACGCCCUCCGGGACGCCGGAUCACUCUUCGUCCAGCCCGGCCUUGCUGCUCAAUGCGAACCCGGGCUUACAGCCGCUCCACGGCUUGGGCCACCCCCAGGGUCCGAGCGCCAUUCCGGUCCCCAGCGCGGACCCGCUGCACCACCACAGCUUGCAAGACUCCAUCCUGAACUCCAUGUCCUCCAACCUGGUCGACCUGGGCUCCUAAGGCCCUCUUCCUCCUGGGGCCCGCCAGCCUCCCCUGAACCCAAACCCUGGACCGUCGAAAGGGACGGCAGACGCAGCAAGCCUGGCCUGGGUUGUCGGGCCGGGCAGGGAUCGACCUGGGACUGGGAGCUCAGCCAGUCAGUCCGCCAGCCCUACUGGGCGAAGCCUGGAGAAGGCUCCGAGAAGAAGGCGCUUCGGUUUGGACUAAAUGCACAUAAUAAGAGGCAGCCCCAUCCUCACCAGUUCUGUAUCUCUUGGCACUUGCUGGGGCUCGACCCCCAGGGUUGCCAACGUUUCCACCGGCUUGUGCAGCUUUGCGUUUAGUUACGCCCUA